GAAAAAAAAACAUCCGUAGAUCCGUAGAAAAUGUUCGAAUUCGUAGAUCUACGAAGAUUUCAGUAGAUCUGACAUCGUUGAUUAUAACUUUUCUUUUUGUCAAAUGUCAAAUAUGACAAUUCUUUGUAUACAGGAUGAUGUUCAUAGUUUUUUGUUUACUACCUCUGCAGCUUCCGAAGCUGCAAACUGGUCAAAGUGAUAAAGUGAAAGUGAAUAGUAGUAUGUAGGAUAUGAUGCGAGUGUUAUGUAGAUAUUAAAUCAUUACACGAGUAGUUAUAUAGAUAUUAAAUAACAUUGCACGUAAGCCGUCUCUUUACACGAGCACAUUACUGCAAAAUGACGUAUACCACAAUGAGUACUAUAAAAAAGCGCUCCGGAUUGUCAGGUUCUACCGUGAACAAUAAUCUAACAAGUGCAUCUCAGCCAGAAAAGGUGUUCCAGACAUCUAAAACAAUCAAUGAAAUCACGAGAACACACACAACGGCUUAUUUUAUAUUUGCAUCGUUACUGCUAGACUUACUAGCAUUCACGAUGAUUCUUCCAUUGCUUCCGUCCAUGUUAGAAUAUUAUAAGCUCAAUGAUGUUGGCGGUUACUAUGAAUAUUUGUCCGAUAGUAUAAGCAGUUUCCAGGAGUGGGUAGGAGCACCGAAGCGUUUUAACUCAGUGUUGUUUGGCGGAGCACUAGGAUCCAUGUUCAGUUUGCUUCAGUUUAUUGUGAGUCCAAUCGCUGGAGCUUUUUCUGAUAUAUACGGACGAAAGCCAUUAAUGAUUAUUUGUGCGAUUGGAAUUGCGAUUUCUUACGGACUGUGGGCAUAUUCACACAGUUUCUUACUUUUUGUUUUGGCCCGAUUUAUUGGUGGUUUGAGCAAAGGAAAUAUCUCUAUUAGUAUGGCUGUGAUAACGGACGUGUCAAACCAACAAAAUCGCGGCAAAGCAAUGGCGUUGGUUGGGAUCGCUUUUUCGCUGGGAUUUAUUGUAGGUCCAAUGAUCGGGGCUCUGUUUUCCCGGUUCUCUAAUAAAUCUCACGUGCAGUGGUUUUGGUUACCUGCCAUGUUUGCCACGAGUCUAGCUGUGGUUGAUGUUGUAUUCAUCGCACUCUGCCUAAAAGAAUCUCUUCCAAAAGAGAAACGCUCAAAGAAGAUUAUCAACACGCUUUCUCAUGCCGUCGAUCAUAUUAGUAUUCCGGCUUUGUUUAAGUUCUCUGCCGUGAAAAAAAUAUCCAAGCGGGAUAUCCAAUCUCUACAAUGUCUGGGUUGGAUAUAUUUCAUUUACCUAUUCAUCUACUCAGGAUUGGAGUUUACCGUCACAUUCCUUAUGUUCCAUAAGUUCAGCUACACUUCGAUCGAUCAGGCUAAAAUGUUCUUAGCUACAGGAUUAGUAAUGGCUGUACUUCAAGGAUCGGUUGUAAGAAGGCUUCCUCAGCAUCUGACACAAAUAUCAGCGGUUGGUGGUCUGUAUCUCAUCAUCCCUGCUUUCAUUUUUGUAGGAAUUGCAGAAAGCUCUACGAUGCUGUAUUUUGGAAUGAUUUUGUUUGCGAUUUCUACUGCAUUUGUUGUGACGUGUAUGACCACACUUACGUCCAAGUAUGGAGACUUUCAUCAGAAAGGAACUGUUCUCGGGGUUUUUCGAUCUCUAGGAGCACUAGCUAGAGCACUCGGCCCAAUUGUGGCAUCCAUUGCCUUCUGGAGUAUUGGUUCCAGAACAACAUACAUCGUUGGAGGAAUUCUUUUGCUUUAUCCUUCAAUAAUGAUGCAACGAGUUAAGCUGUCAUAGUUUGUUCAACAUUUUUAUUCGUUAAGUAUUAAGUUUUCUCAAUUUUUCCAUGUUCAUGAUUGAUUCCUUAAAGCAGUAUUUAUAUUUGGAUGUAACCAUGCCACAAAAUGUUUUUUUUUCUAAUAAAGUAUAUUUCGUACUUCUA